GGCCAAGCGGAAGUGGUUAUUGUUGCGGUCUUUACCAACGUUAGUAUGUGGGAAAUGAGGGCUGCUAUAUAUAUAAAAAACAGCUAGCUCUGUUAAAAAUCGUAUUCCAUUUCAUUAGGAAUAUUUGAUGUUUCAUUAUUAUAAUUUUCCCUGAACUAACCGCUAGCUUGUUAGCAUCAGCAGCCAUGCCGUCCUAUUCUGAAUUAAGGAAAACAAACCACUUCUACUACUUCAUCAAAUUCACCUUAAAUAUCUACUCAAUGCUGUUUUCGCUUAUGGGCCUCUGUGUUCUCUGUGUGGGGGUUUACGCUGAAGUGGAGCGGCAGAAGAACCGGACCCUGGAGGGCCUGUUUCUGGCCCCCGCCGUGGUGCUCAUUCUGCUGGGCCUGGUGAUGUUCACCGUGUCCGUGGUGGGCAUGGUGGGCUCCCUGAGGGACAACAAGACCCUGCUGCACAUGGUGAGGAGGAGCUCUUUGUUGUUGUUGUUGAUGUUGU